AUGGCGAUCCCACCACAUAACACCUACAUGAGCAUUCCGCCCCCACCAUUACCCGAGUUCUACAUGUCGAAGGAGGCGACAGCCGAUGCUGGAUCCUCCACCAGGGGUACCGACGACCUUGGACGGAAGAAAUAUCCACCAAUCCCUGGAGACGGCACGGAUGAGCGGCGGGAGUACAUCAGGACGAGGAGAACGUCAGACAUCUCUUCCUCCCUUGUGGUCUAUCACGUUUGCCGCAUCUGCCUUCGUCCUCGAAGUGCGCGCUAUCAUCGUGAGCAUCCGAUCCCAAUCGAUGGCGUGCCGCCACCACCUGGCAUCUGUAGACGAUGUCGCGUCACUUCUGUGGACGAGUCAAAAUCAUUGGUGGACGUGGUGGAGCACCAUGAGAGCCAUGGACCAAAGAUAGGAGUCAAAAGUCUCGUGGUUGAUGAGGACUACCUGCCUGCUCGUGCAGCGAGAUCGAGACGUGUCAACUAUGACCUAGAUGAGGUUGAGUGGAGAGAGCUUGAGCCACCCCCGGCAGAGCAAUCGCCUCCACGUAAGAAAGAGUACAUCUACCGGCACAUUCUUGUCGCGGUUCCGCCACCUCCAAUUCAUCCACCUCCACCAACAGCCCCUCCGCAAAUGGCACAUCUACCAACGCCAGAUCCCCCAAAAGCACAGCCUCCAGAGCCAACAUUCAUCUACGUGCCGAAGCCCGACGUCAAGUCAACAGCACAGGAUGCAAUUGACUCGAUCAGCGAGAAGUCGGCCCACAGUUCAAGGCACACACGAUACGAGAUUCGCCAUGUCAAACAGAGUGCCCCCAAAGAGCCAUCGAUCUCCGAAGAAUCUGUUUCUCGGCAUAUUGAACACAAGAAGACCACGGCGCCAAAGGCAAGAGUUGAACUUGAAGUCCGAAGCUCUUAUGCAGUGAGCGAUGCUUCGAAACCGGAAUGGACAGAGAGCCAAAUUCAGAGGCUUGCAAGGGACGAAGUUGAGCGCUAUCGGCGAGCGGAGCGUAGCAUGGACGCACACGGCGAUGCUUAUGCGCAUGGUCGAAUGGUACCCGUGGAACGCGUGCCUGUCGUACCUGUCGAACGUCGUAUUGAGGCACAGCGGGAUAUCAAAGAAGAGAUGCCCUGGAAGAAGGAAGCAGUUGAAAAGCAGAGUCAACCAGCAUAUGCUAUGAGGGAAAGGGAAUACAGGGUCAGGUCAAAGAGCAAAGAUCGUGAGGAGGAGAUCCAUAUCACACGUAGGAGUGGGGCGAGACGGCAAGUGGAUGAUUUUCCAUCCUCGAAACCCGCGAGGCCACCACUUCCUUCUGAUACUUCGUCGGACAAGACCCGAUGGCCAGCGCAAGAAACCACAAAGUCGAUCUACGAGCAAGACACAACGUUCUUGAGGUGCUCUGGACAGCCGCAAUGGGGUGCAGGGGAUAGCAGCGGUGCAGAGGUGUUGCAAGCCAAGCAGAAGCAAGUACACAACGCCAAUGUGCAGCACAAGCAGACGAAAACCAGCCACUGGGUAGACUACGAACCCCCGCAACCAAAGACUCAGAUUUACGAGCGCGAAGUAGAGGUGGCGGAAUCAGGACUGGACUAUUCGAGAACUUCCAGACGUCCUGAAUAUCCAAAGAACCGCCAUGAAGAGCGAAUCACGAUGGAAUACGACCGCCGUGAUUCGGGCGUGGAUGGGCUGGCGCAGAUCCAGGGCAAGCAGAAGGCUCAGCAGCGCACUCAAGACGUCGAAUUGCCGUACCCACCUGAUGGCUUGAACCCGCCAGUCCCCAUGCCCUCACCUUCAUCCCACACUUCCAGACCUACAAAAAGCGCAAUGCGAAACGACAACGAAGACAGUGAGUACUACUACAAACUCCGCACAGUACAGCCUGCCGACGAAGCAACCUAUCUCCGGAGCGAGAGAGAUGGCAUAUACUAUAGGGAGGAUUCAGAGUAUUUGCACCGUCGCAAAGCAGCAGCAGCAGACCCGACGAUUUCAGAAGCACCGUCGGCAAAUCGAAAGAACAUAGGAGCACGGCGGCCAAGCGAUGUCUCUAGUCGAGUACGUUUCGCUAACAAAGUGGCGAUCUCACCGACACCUCCAGGGAGCGAUGCAAGUUCGGUACGAGAUCACCGCCAGGGCCAGGUGAAGGAGAAAGGUCCGGAGGGGGUGAUUGACUUUGCAUACGGGCGGAGAGGUGGCGCUCCAGGUCGUGUCGCCGUCGAAGAGUACGACUACCAUACUGAACAAGCUGCGAGAUACCCACCGCAGACCAAGUAUCGGAGGGAGGAACAGGGCGGCCCUAUGAGGCCAGAGCCUCGAGGUCGCCGGCCUUCUGGAGAUACCGAGACGGCCACUGCGCCAAUUACUCUUCCGGUGGACAUGCGGAUGCUGGCUCGAGCACAAAGUGAAUCUCCUUCGCGCGAGAAGCUCAUCGCAGCAGCCAGGCGUCGACGAGAGGACGGACUUGGACCGUACACAAUCGAGCAUGAACGUAGCGUCAGCCUCGAGGCAUAUGACGGCAGCAGUGUGGGUAGCGAUGCAGCACCUCCUAAGCACAAGCACCGUCGCGAGGACCGAGAGCGUGCUGGGCAACGAGGCAAGCGGUGA